AGUGCUGGACGCGUAGCAGUUAACAACGGCGACACGGCCGACUGAGCCAAAGCAGCGUGUGUGUUUACAUUCAAUUACAUUUGUAUUAACAUUAACGCUAACGUUAACAUUAACAAUAACAUCUACCUUUACAUUUGUAUUAAUCAAGCCCCGUUUUCACUGUAACUAUCAGAACCGUAAUUGUGUUUGUGCGUUGUUCUGUGCAAAACUCGAACCGUGAAUUUGAAAAACAACAAUUAGCCAAUUUUUAUUUUUUUUUUGCUGUGCAUAUAUGUGUGUGUGUAGAUGUGUUUAUCAGUCCACGAUUUUAUUUAUAUAAAACAAACACAAAUACAAGUGAAAAACUUGCGCUAAAUUUAUAGCAUACGAGUCAAAGAGAAGCAAAAGCAAAAGUUCGCAUAAAAACGAACUAACUGACGCCAAUUAACUUGGGCUAUUGAAAACAGAAAGUAAGGCAUUUUGUGCCCAUCUUCAACCGGGAUUAUGGACAAAUCGACGCUGACGCAGAAGAAUUACGCUAGUGUCUACAAUGAGACGACGAAGCCAAAGAAACCGAAGCGCCGCGACAAAAGCGAUUUGGGACCCGAUUUUGUGGCGCCCGAUGGCGGCUGGGGCUGGGUCAUCUGCCUGGCAGCGGGCCUGAACAAUUUCUUUAUGUUUCCGGCGCUGCAGCAGUACGGACUGAUCUACAGGGGGCGCAUGUCUACCCUGGGAUUCGAUGCGAAGGAAACGACGAUCAUUGUCAACGUGGUGAUGACCCUGUCCUCGAUAGUGGGCAUCUUCAAUGGGGCCAUGUUCCGGCGUUUCACCUUCCGGCAAGUGGCGUUGGCGGGCACAGCUCUGGGCUUUCUGGGCAUCUUCGGAUCGGCCUUCUGCACCACCGUCUGGCAGUAUAUUGUGUGCCUCUCGCUGAUUUAUGGUGUGGGCCUGGGCCUGGCCAUGGCAGCCGUGUCGCUGGCCGUGAACACAUACUUCAAGCAGAGCCGGCGACGCGCCACUGGCUUCUCGUGGACCAUUACCGGCCUUGGGCCGAUCAUCUUUCCCUAUGUGUCCACCUUUCUGCUGGACUACUAUGGCGCCCAGGGCACCAUUCUGAUCUAUGCCGGCAUCGCGCUGAAUGCGAUGCUCUGCGCCCUCACGCUGCAGCCGGUGAUGCGACAUGUGCGCAAGCCGGAGAAGCCAGACGCCGAUGUCGAUGCCGUCGAUGCCGUCGACGAAAAGGAUCACCCCGAGCUGACCGAGGCCAAUGGCAAUUUGCUGGUGCCGAACAGCGAUCAGUGGUGCGAUUACGAGUGCAAGUACUGCCAGUACCAGAGGCGCACCAAGCGCGGCAUCUUCUCCUCGCAGUACCUCUUCAAUGACGACGAUCCCGAGCAUCCCGGCUACGAGAUCACAGAUCCGGGCACACCCAUGCUCGCCCGGGCGAACGAUGGCUGGUUCGGCUCCAGGCUGUCGCUCGCCUCCGAGCGCCGCCAGGUGCUGUUGCGCCAGGCCUCCGUCACGGUGACAGCGGCUGCCGCAACCAAGGCCAGCCGCGAGAAUCUCGACAAGCUGGAGGAGGGCAGCGAGUUGGAUCCGCAGCAGCAGCCAGAAUCGGGCGCCGGUCUCUACAAGCCGAACUACUUUAAUCGCGAACGUGAGGAUCUGGAACGCUAUGCGAGCAAGACGAGCGUCUACUCCAGGCCGGGCGGGGAGGAGCUGCUGCGCUGCACUUGCGCCGAGGACAAGGUGCUGCUCCAAAAGUCCGCCGAGGCACUGCGUCUACAGACGCUGCAGGCCCUGCAGGCCGCCGAGGCUGACGAGGAGGAGGCCAAGCGCAAGAUGACUUUCCGGCAAAAGGUUAGCAAAUUCUUCGAUCUGGAUCUGCUGCGCAACUUCACGUUCGUCAAUCUGGUCAUCGGCAUGAGCAUCAUGAUGUUCGGCGAGAUGAACUUCUCGGUGCUGACGCCCUUCAUCCUGAACAGCUAUGGCUACACCGACAAGCAGAGCUCAAUGGUAAUGUCGCUGCUGGCCUGCAUGGACAUCUCGGUGCGCUUCCUGGCGCCGCUCUGCCUGGAGAAGGUCAAGCUGGACAAUCGGGUGCUCUUCGCGUUUGGCAUUGUCUGCAUUGCUGUCGGUCGCGUCAUUGUCACAAUGACCUCCUCCUACGAUGUGGUCGUGGCCGUCUUUCUGCUAAUUGGCUUCGGCAAGGGCUUUCGCACCAUAUUCUCGCCCCUGAUCAUACCCAGCUAUGUGCCGCUGCGUCGCCUGCCCGCCGCCUCUGGCCUGCAGCUGAUCUUCAAUACCAUCUUCUCCUUCGCCAUGGGCCCCCUCCUGGGCGUCGUCACGGAGGCCUACGGCUACAGCGCCACCAUCCACACGAUCAACAUACUCACGGCUAUGGCACUGCUCAUGUGGAUCUCAGAGUCGGCGAUUCGACGUGUUCUCGGCAAGCCGUACAGUGCACCGGAACAAUAGUGGGCGGCACAAGCGUCCUGACAGCUGAGGGAACUGAGCUACUUAUGCGGGCCACCACUGUAGAAUUGCAAGUGAGCCACUUAUGCGGGCCAACACUGUAGAAUUGGAUGUGUGCUACUUAUGCGGGCCACCACUGUAGAAUUGGAUGCAGCAUCGAUCUGCAAUACCUUGUGCAAAGUAUUACCUUAAGCAAUUUUCACUACCUUAAGCUUCUCCCGUAAGCGCUUAAUUUAAGAAUUUUAACUCGUGCUAUCGACGAUUGGGCAUGAUUACUUUUUUUGCCAUAAGUACUUUUA